CAGUGUCUAUAAACAAAUUUGGUAGAUUAACAUGAGAAAAAAAGUUGAGACGUCAUAUUAUACCUUCCGUUUUCACGUUGUCAUAAAACUGGUUCAUGGCACGUACUACAAACGAGUGAUUUUUACAUUACGUAAGGGGAUAAUAACUCAGAAGCCAGCAAAGUUAGAGCUAAGUUUAUGUGGCUGUCAGCAGUCAGAGUCUGUUUGUUCUUCAUGACGAAUGGAGUCGAACAAGUUCGAAUUUCAUAUUAUUCAGGAAAUCUAUACAGGUUACUCGGCCCUGAUGAUGCAGGCAACAAACACCUCUGAAAAGUCGUCAAACGUCGACCAGACUACAAGGAACAUAAUCCCAGAAGACAGUAAUCUUCAUACCGGCAAUUUUGUUGCGUCAUGUAAGUGCAGUAUACCACGUGGCUUCUCUGCGGCAGCCAAAGUCUAGCAUCGAUCGACGCCACCAGAAUCGACCCGCGUCCAUACCCCCAUAUUCAAGCGCACGACCAAACAACAAACUGACAACAGCUUCCUGUCAAUUAGGCUCUUACCAUCGUGAGGUAUAUCUUUCCCGACUGCUGAGAGGCACUUCAGUCUCUCCGUACUGCAUUCAAAUCCUUCUUCAUCUCCUUAGUUCGUGUCUUGUUCAGUGCAGUUCACGCCGAGUCCCGCCUUUUGAUGACGUCAUACUACGCAUACAGUUACGGUGGGGCAGGGUAAAAGAGGGAAGGGUUGCGAAAAUUGAUUCACCACCUACCCUCUCCUUUGCUACCACUAUUUAUCGUUCCAGACCUGUCCGUCUGUUAGCCUGUUUUCCUCCAACCCUUGUGUUUUCCACAUUUGCAAUUCCCCCUUCAAUCCCUACCUUUCUGCUGACAUAGCCGUGAAGCCCUAGUGCGGAGCCAGACUGUCAGUUGUGAACUAUACCGCCACAAACAUCUAGCAAAACAAACAUCGCAGUCAGAUAAUGUCGAAAAAGAUGUACUACUGGGGAGAAGAAAAGGAACCGGUGGACUCUGACGAGACGUUCAUCGAGUUCUCGGCGAAGCCAGUUCGUCUCGUACGGCAGGGCGACGGGGCCCUCACAGCAGCCGUGGAACCUUCUUCUCAAGUAGCCGUUGCACCUGGUGGUACAGAGGAGACACCUGGCGACGGUGACGAGGAGCGAGGCGGAUGGGGAAACAAGUUGGACUUCCUGUUCUCAUGCAUCAGCGUCUCCGUGGGCCUGGGGAACGUGUGGAGGUUCCCCUACCUGUGCUACAAAAACGGCGGAGGGGCGUUUCUAGUGACAUACGGCAUCGCCAUGAUAUUCUGUGGGAUUCCAAUCUUCUUUCAAGAAGUGGCAGUAGGGCAGUACUUAGGCGCUGGUGGCAUGACCUUAGUGGGUCAGUUGUGCCCUAUACUUCAAGGUGUUGGAUAUGCCACAAUGACAAUUGUGUUCUUCCUGGAUAUCUACUACUGUAUCAUCAUUGCAUGGACUAUAUUUUAUCUGAUCGCUACUUUCGUCAGAUUGCCAGGACUUCCCUGGAAAACAUGCGAUAAUUGGUGGAACACCCCCAACUGCUACACCAGCGGCAUGAAUGCGUCCGCUGUGCACACCUACACAAACCACACCACAACUCCAGUGGAGGAAUACUGGGAGAAAAGGGUGCUACAAGUCACGGAUGGGAUAGAUGACCUCGGGGGUAUGCAGUGGGAGCUGUUGGGGUGCCUGGCGCUUGGAUGGGGGUUGGUCUACCUCAUCAUCUGGCGAGGCCUGCACGCCAGUGGAAAGAUCAUCUGGUUCACGGCGCUGUUUCCCUACGCGGUGCUUCUCGUGUUACUGGUUCGCGCCGUGACGCUGAACGGCGCUGACCAGGGUCUGCUGUACUACGUAACACCACGCUGGGAGGAGCUCCUAGGGCCGGGUCCCUGGAUAGACGGUGCCACGCAGAUCUUUUUCGCCUACAGCAUUGGUACUGGCGCGCUGCCCGCCCUGGGUUCUUACAACAAGUUCCACCACAACUGCUACAAAGACGCCCUCAUCACUUGUGUAGUAAACACGCUGACCUGCCUGCUGGCUGGCUGUGUCACUUUCUCCAUCCUGGGCCACAUCGCCCUGGAGCAGGGGGCCGAGGUGUCUGACGUGGUGAAGAGUGGGCCCGGACUCGUCUUCCUCACCUAUCCCGAGGUGGUUCUUAAGCUUCCUGGUGCCCCAGCGUGGGCAGCCAUCUUCUUCUUCAUGCUAGUGAUUCUGGGAAUAGACAGUGAAUUCUGCAUCGUAGAAUCAUUCGUCACUGGAAUGGUAGACAACUGGCCAGAAGUACUACGCCCUCACCGGAAGAAAUUCACAUUUGGCAUGUGUGUCGUCAUGAUGGUGCUGGGAAUUCCGAUGGUAACCCAUGGUGGAGCGUACAUCUUCCAACUGAUGGACUUCUACUCAGCCAGUGGAAUGUCCCUACUGUGGGUCUGUUUCUUCCAAACUAUCGCCAUUUCUUGGAUAUUCGGGGCACAGAAAUUUAUAGACUGCGUUCAGCAAAUGAUGGGUAUACGACCCAACAGGUUCUGGUACAUUUGUUGGGUCUUCUUUGCCCCUGCUGUAAUGGUGGCAAUUUUCAUCUUCUACUGUGUCGAUUACAAACCAGUAACGUACGGCAAAUCGUAUAAGUAUCCACAAUGGGCCGAGGGGCUUGGAUUCUGCAUGAGUUUUGCAUCCAUGAUCUGGAUCCCUGCCUAUGCCAUCUAUUAUGUAUUAGCCACACCAGGAACGGUCAAAGAGAAUUUGCUGAAGGGUCUUAAGCCGAACAUCAUUUCAAGGGGGAAGAUACCACAGGGGCAGAAGGCAGCUGUGAUCCCCAUGUCUGAGAGCAGUGCAGGGCUCCUCACCAAGAACAACUCAUUCCUCACGCAAUAGACGGCUUUUGACAAUUUCUCUUCUGCUCUCCACUGAAGCAGAUGUUUCUUACUGCCACAGUUCUUCCAGGCCUGGACUCAAGCUCUGACAUUACGCAUACAAUACAUGCGACUUCACCUAGCUUCAAUAAUUCAAUUAAAAUGGUGUCACUUUCUGUGCUUCAAAAACUAAAUAUUUAAAUUAAAUAGAAAAUGGCUCUCUUCACAUUCCUGAAUAAUUUGAAUUUCGAUAACUGCUUUAAUUUUAAUCCCCAUUCUUAAUUAAUCAUCACACAAUGAUGACAUAUCGGUGAGAGGAGACAUAGAAACAUAUGAAUAUGGCUGUCUUCUGGGUUGUAGCGCCACGUAGUAUGGUAGAAGUUUACCAGCGUUUAAGUGGUCCUUGCUGCAAGGAUUACAUGACACUACAACCCAGAAGACCUCACCUCAAAUCCAACAAAGACACGUAUUCUUAACCUACACGUUAGAUGGACGUCAGUGAUCAGCUUCAUGCUCCGACCACUUCGCCCCUACAGAAACAACGCUAUAGUACAUAGUGUAUAGAAGGCUGAGUGAGUUUCAGAACUGGUUUAGGCUUAGUGGUUCCUGCCUCUGUUCAGAAUUAAACCCGUCAUCCAGACUGAAGCCAAUCGUUUUUACCACUGAGAUAUAUACUCGCUCACCUCCUUUUAAUGAAGACUAUGUUUAAGUAAUAUUACAUUAAUAUAUUUAUAUACAAUACUUUUUUCUUCUUACAAGAAAUACAUUUUAUAAUGUUGAAUCUGAUAAUUUCUCCGACACAGAAACGCGAUCUGAAAUUAUGUUCUUUGUUGGAGAGACAAAUACAAUUGUAGUAAAUUUCUGUGAAACUUAUUAGAGGCACUGAUCCCAGUUCAUUAGAAUAGAAGUUUAAUUUUUUACGUAAUUAACUUUCUACUAUAACGUUUUACUUGCACGUCAGAAUACGAAAAUGUUGCCAGAACCUUCAGUGCUGACGUAUCAGUCAUAAGAAGUUGACAUCGUUGAAGGUGUUACCAGAAAAUGUGCCAAAGUUGAUGUCAGCCUAACUUAUUGAGUUGUGGGGAUGUGAGAUCAGCGUCUGUAGACGGCAACAGUGCGGUCACAACCAAACAAAUCCUACAGAAUACCAACUUACGUUACAGAACUUGAAAUUGAAGGAAAUUGAAGAAAAUAAAUGUGAAAAUAUAUUCGUCACAAUCCAUCAAAUUUUGUUUUGUUACAGACAGCAUUACUGUAGAGUAAACCCUUGAUUUAAUGGACAGUAUCUGGUAUUGUCAGAUUUUCUCUGGAUACGAGGGAUUUUCAGUUUUAAUGGACGAAGUCUGGAAAUGCCUGCUAAUGAGUGCUGGAUUUAUAUAUGUCUAUAUGCUUUAUGCAUACAUGUCUUGCCGCACCAUGAAUGGAAACAUUUUUAAUUUUGAUUAUUUUUCUAAACACUUACGUAAAAAAAACCCAAAAUACCCGGUGUAAAACACGAAAUUUAAAAAGUCAUAUUCUCACCACACCACACACAACUCUGUGACGAGAGGUAUCAUCAACACAACAGUAUUACAAAGUUAAGAGUUCCUCAGCCCAAAACAAAUCUUGAAGUCAAAAUAAGCAAUAAAAGAGCUAAUAUUACCCAUGCUUAGAGGUUGGGGUGACCAUAUUUAUCUAGUAUCAAAAUGGGAUGAAGAAUAUGGAAAAUAUCAACACGGUUUUAAAAAACAGAAUGAAGAAAUGAAAUGAAAUGUUAAUGACAUUUAGUAACAGAAAUUCUGUGAUAAUUUGUUGUUAAUUAGAUUUUAAUUUUAAAAAUUUACUGUUAAAAAGUGCAAGAGUACAUUUAUGAAGACAUUUACAAAAAGAAAGUUUCUGACUAACUGAUAAUUCAUUAAAAUUCAUAACAAAUAUUAGGGUGGGUUCUGUCUUAUUUCAAUCAAUCUGCGCAACGAGAUAUAAUUUUAGCCAACCAGACAAAAUUAACUAUAAAUUUAUGUUUUAUUUAUAAAUAUUAUAAAGUGCAAUCAAAAAUUAAGGAAAAAUAAUUAUUUUGCUAAUUUUCAAAGGAAACUUAUAUUCUGUUUCAACCCAACAAUAAUUCAUUGUACUCGACUAUUUUGACGUUGUGUCUUCAUACGAAACAUUAAUUAGUUAGCGAAGAAUUUUACGUACCUACACUGACCCUUGGUUAAGUUCAGCUUGGCUAUUUAAAAAUUCCAGUUGGUAUGAAAAUGUUAUUCUCCAAUAAAGAGAAAACUAAACAUUUAGGAUUAAACAUGAAAUACAAAAUGUGGUCAUCCUAUUUGAUCAGUAAGAGAAAUGAACUGCGUUUUAUGCUGUGCUAAAUAUAAAUCAAAACAAGAUUGUAAUUCUGUACAUUACAUAACUGCCUUCUCAAUUUACUCAUACGGGCAAUGACUAGAGGUUGGUUGUUUCUGGAAACAGUAUAUACUGUUUGUGUUCACCCUGUUAACAAUUCUGGCAGAUAGAAGUUUACCAACGUUUCAGAUGAAUCGCCCUGAUGAUGGAGGCAGCAAGGACCUCUGAAACGUAGGUAAACUUCUACAAGACUACACGGCACAACAACCCAGAAGACAGCCAUCUUCAAACUCACCAUUGUGAAAACCUCAAAUCCCACAAUUCUGGUAGAUAUUUAAAGCAAUGUCAAUUUAUCGUGAUGAAAAGAUAUAAGUUUAGGCACAAUAUGAAACGUCAUUUUGUUGAAAACCAAAUUUGAGGACCAAAAUACACAGCGACAGAACCAGCACGAACCCUCAACUCUUUUCACUUUUAUUCAAAAUUUUGUAUCCAGGAAUUUUUGUCUUCCCCGAUUUUGAGAAUUAAAACUAAAAUUUGCUGAGGCAGAUGUGUGAUACACUUUUAGUGUGUGCAGUGAUUUGGUGCUAAUAGGAUUAGGAAUUGUACAGAAAAGUAAGAAAGUUUGUGACAUGUUAUUAAUACUAGAUAGCGAAUGUAUUUUUCCUGAAAAGCACAAGUAUGCUCUGCUCGUUUCUGUUCAGAAUGGAACUGCAGUCGACAGAGUGCGUGUGAAGAGUGUAUUUUGGAAAAGAAUGACAGGUGUGACCCCUAUACUGUCUGAUAAGUUGAGAAACAGAGGUAAAAUACAGUACCAAAGGAACAGUGAUGUUACUCCUUCAGAGAAAUCUGUUUGUCAUGAUUAUUUGAACUACUAUAUAAUUACUAAACAUUAUACACUGAAAUGUCUAGGCGUAAAACAGAUUCUCUGGCUUACGCAGAAUAGGGAUCAUGUUAUCAAUUCACUUGCUGGAUUGUACGAUGUGAACUGAAUAUAAAUUAUCAAUUCUAAUAUAUUUCCAUAUAGAUAGGUUAAAGUUUUCAGUGUUUAAGAACAAAUGGUGAAACUCAAAUUUUUGUACAAUUUUAGCAUAUUUGCUAUCUUCACUAAUAUGCCUGUCUUCAACUGAGCAGGUUAUCUCUCCAAUGUUGUGAAGCUGUAAGGGGAGGACCUUCUAACUAAAUCUCUGGAGACAUAGCCCACGCUUAUCGGAGAAAGACCACGUGCCACACUCAAAAUACGUCUUAUAAAGUAUGGCUGACAACAGUAACAUUUCAAAUUCUUAGAUCAUAUUGUUGAACUUCGUAACGUAUUUAGAGAAGAAAGAAAUUUUACAUUCAUUUAGAGACUAAGAGCAGAUUAAAUUUGGGAACUGUUUGCUAUCAUUCAGUUCAGAAUCCUUUGCCUUCCCCUCUCAAAUCUAAGAAGUAUUAAGAUUAAAAUACAUAAUUUAACUAAAUGUUUGAUGGGUGUAACACUUGGUCUCUCACUGUACGCAAAGAACACAUCGCCAUGUAACGACUAUCGUAACGCACGGUUUCCAAAAUUAAAACAUUUCAUGAAGAUAUCUGCUACAGCCAUCUGUAGAUGCUAAAACCUUAAUUAAAUAAACAUUAAAGUGGAUUUAAAAUUAUUGAUUUUAUGGUUUUAUUCUUAAAAGUCUAUUUUAUCUUGUUCUUUUAAUCUUCUUAUUUUCAUCCGGGUUUUUCAUUCUUUAUCCUUAUGUCUGCAAUUUCUGUUUCCUUUUUGUUUUUGGAACAUACAGUACCACGUAACUGAAUACGAGAUAAGGGCAAUAAAUUACACAGAGCUCUGGAGAUUGAAGAAAAUCUCUGUGCCUCCUCUUUGAAAUCCUUCCUUUACAGCUAUUCUAAUUAGAUUUCUGAAGAAACUAAGGGUUUUAUGAACAAAUACAUAUUAAUAUUUAUCCACAAUGAUUAUAGAUACUGACAUUGUUUUUUUAAAAUUGUACCUAUCACAGAAUUACUUUUUUUCAUAUUAGAUACAUUGAUAAAUAUAGGUAUGUAUUUGGUGUAUAAUUAUGGUAAGAAUGCCAAAAUAUACAAUUACCAUUGUUUCUGAUUUUACUAUCUUGUUGCUUUACUUAUGUUCUUAGACAUAAUGAUACAAAUCAUACGUGCUUUGAUAUCAUAUAUAACAAUCAGUAUUACAUUUCAAAAUUUUAACUCUUACAAACUGUUUGAAACUCCUAUUUUGUAGCGUAUAUUUUGAAACAACUGUUUCUAGUUCGCAAAGCGAAGCUGUUAUUUGUUCGGUAACUUUGUUAGUUUAAGAUGUAUAACAUCAUAUUGACACUGCUGCAGUUGUCAGUAGCUGAAUGGAAUAAGAUACAAUGCCCAUAUGUAAUAAA